CAUAGGCUAUAAAUGAGCCCGGUGGCACGUCACUUUCACGCGACCUCAUCUUUGUCAGUGCACAAAAUGGCGCCUUACAGCCUACUGGUGACCCGGCUGCAGAAAGCCCUGGGUGUGCGGCAGUACCAUGUGGCCUCCAUCCUGUGCCAACGGGCCAAGGUGGCCAUGAGCCACUUUGAGCCCAACGAAUACAUCCGCUAUGACCUGCUCGAGAAGAACAUCAACAUUGUUCGCAAACGGCUGAACCGGCCUCUCACCCUGUCAGAGAAGAUUGUGUACGGGCACCUGGAUGACCCAGCCAACCAGGAGAUCGAGCGGGGCAAGACCUACCUGCGCCUGCGGCCCGACCGCGUGGCCAUGCAGGACGCCACGGCGCAGAUGGCCAUGCUGCAGUUCAUCAGCAGUGGGCUGCCCAAGGUGGCUGUGCCCUCCACCAUCCACUGUGACCAUCUGAUCGAGGCUCAGGUCGGGGGUGAGAAGGACCUGCGCCGGGCCAAGGACAUAAACCAGGAAGUGUAUAACUUCCUGGCAACUGCAGGUGCCAAGUACGGUGUGGGCUUCUGGAGGCCCGGUUCCGGAAUCAUUCACCAGAUCAUUCUGGAAAACUAUGCAUACCCUGGGGUUCUUCUGAUCGGCACUGACUCCCACACUCCGAACGGUGGAGGCCUGGGGGGCGUCUGCAUUGGAGUCGGGGGUGCUGAUGCCGUGGAUGUCAUGGCUGGGAUCCCCUGGGAACUGAAGUGCCCCAAGGUGAUUGGCGUGAAGCUGACGGGCUCCCUGUCGGGUUGGACCUCCCCCAAAGAUGUGAUUCUGAAGGUGGCUGGCAUCCUCACAGUGAAAGGCGGCACAGGUGCCAUCGUGGAGUACCACGGGCCCGGCGUGGACUCCAUCUCCUGUACUGGCAUGGCGACCAUCUGCAACAUGGGUGCAGAGAUCGGGGCCACCACUUCCGUGUUCCCUUACAACAACAGGAUGAAGAAGUACUUGAGCAAGACGGGCCGGGCAGACAUUGCCAGUCUGGCUGAGGAGUUCAAGGACCACCUGGUACCUGACCCUGGCUGCCAUUAUGACCAACUGAUUGAAGUUAACCUCAGUGAGCUGAAGCCGCACAUCAAUGGACCCUUCACCCCCGACCUGGCUCACCCUGUGGCCGAAGUGGGUGCCGUGGCAGAGAAGGAAGGGUGGCCCCUGGACAUCCGCGUGGGUCUCAUCGGCAGCUGCACCAAUUCAAGCUAUGAAGACAUGGGGCGCUCAGCAGCUGUGGCCAAGCAGGCACUUGCCCACGGACUCAAGUGCAAGUCCCAGUUCACCAUCACGCCGGGCUCCGAGCAGAUCCGUGCCACCAUCGAGCGGGACGGCUACGCCCAGGUCCUGAGGGAUGUGGGUGGCAUCGUCCUGGCCAACGCCUGUGGCCCCUGCAUUGGCCAGUGGGACAGGAAGGACAUCAAGAAGGGGGAGAAGAAUACCAUCGUCACGUCCUACAACAGGAACUUCACGGGCCGCAAUGACGCCAACCCCGAGACCCACGCCUUUGUCACGUCCCCGGAGAUCGUCACAGCCCUGGCCAUUGCGGGAACCCUCAAGUUCAACCCAGAGACCGAUUUCCUGACAGGCAAGGACGGCAAGAAGUUCAAGCUGGAGGCGCCGGAUGCCGACGAGCUUCCCCGUGCGGAAUUUGACCCGGGGCAGGACACCUACCAGCAUCCCCCGAAGGACAGCAGCGGGCAGCGGGUGGACGUGAGCCCCACCAGCCAGCGCCUGCAGCUGCUGGAGCCUUUCGACAAGUGGGACGGCCAGGACCUGGAGGACCUGCAGAUCCUUAUCAAGGUCAAAGGAAAGUGUACUACUGACCACAUCUCGGCCGCUGGCCCCUGGCUCAAGUUCCGUGGGCACCUGGACAACAUCUCCAACAACCUGCUCAUCGGCGCCAUCAACAUUGAAAACGGCAAGGCCAACUCCGUGCGCAACGCUGUCACCCAGGAGUUUGGCCCCGUCCCCGACACUGCCCGCUACUACAAGAAACAUGGCAUCAGGUGGGUGGUGAUCGGUGAUGAGAACUACGGCGAGGGCUCGAGCCGGGAGCACGCAGCGCUGGAGCCGCGUCACCUCGGGGGCCGGGCCAUCAUCACCAAGAGCUUUGCCAGGAUCCACGAAACCAACCUGAAGAAGCAGGGCCUACUGCCCCUCACCUUCGCAGACCCUGCCGACUACAACAAGAUCCACCCUGUGGACAAGCUGACCAUCCAGGGCCUGAAGGACUUUGCUCCUGGCAAGCCUCUGAAGUGCAUCAUCAAGCACCCCAACGGGACCCAGGAGACCAUCCUCCUGAACCACACCUUCAACGAGACCCAGAUCGAGUGGUUCCGCGCCGGCAGCGCGCUCAACAGGAUGAAGGAGCUGCAGCAGUGAGGCCGCGCUCCCGCCGGACUGUGCCGGCCUCAGUGCUGGUUGCACCGACCAGAUCUGAUCCAUCCAGGCCACAGCUUCCUGCCUGCCCCUCAGCCCGGAGAGACCCGCGGCUGAGGGGCUCCUUACGGUCUUCAGCUCUCGCCCCCUGUUGCCGGUCUGAUUCAGAUCGCGAGCGGUCCCCUGCAACUGUAUUUAUUUUUGAUGACAACACUCCCAUCUAAAGAAGUUUUUACUCUGCCUGAUCUAUCACUGGUGGCUGAAGAUUUUAGAGAACUUUUUGUUCCUGCAAGGAAAAUAAGAAUCAAAUUCAGCGAC